CUCGCGCCGCUGUCAGUGCGGCGGGGCGCGCGAGCGGCGCGGGCGCAGGGCGCAAAAAACGAGACGAGCUGAGGAGGUGGUAGCGGUGGCGACUGGCGCGUGUGUUCAGCCUUCUCAAGCCGCGGCCGGGGCCCCCUCCUUACACCUCUCUCUCUUCCGCCCAAGUGCGGGGCAAUCGCCUUCUGUGCUGUGCGGCUUCCAGCAGACCUUUAGGCGCGGGACUUUUUGCUUCAGAUUUAUCCUUCUGUAAUACUUGAGUCAAAUAACAAUACUUAGCAUUCAGUACUACGCUGGGCCCUGAGGGAACACCUAUUUCCAGAGGCAGCUGCUGCUGACCUUUUAUAAGCCAAAGGAGAAAAUAGCUGGCUAAGUUCAGCCUUGGUACUGGUGGCCACCAUGUCGUUGAAGAUCCAGACAAGCAAUGUGACUAACAAGAAUGAUCCCAAAUCCAUUAAUUCUCGAGUCUUCAUUGGAAACCUUAACACAGCUGUGGUGAAGAAAUCGGAUGUGGAGACCAUCUUUUCCAAAUAUGGCCGUGUGGCUGGCUGUUCUGUGCACAAAGGCUAUGCUUUUGUUCAGUACUCCAAUGAGCGCCAUGCCCGGGCAGCUGUGCUGGGAGAAAAUGGACGAGUGCUGGCCGGGCAGACCCUGGACAUCAACAUGGCUGGAGAACCCAAGCCCAACAGACCCAAGGGGCUAAAGAGAGCAGCAUCUGCCAUAUACAGUGGCUACAGCUUUGACUAUGAUUACUACCGGGACGACUUCUACGACAGGCUGUUUGACUACCGAGGUCGCUUGUCACCCGUGCCAGUGCCCAGGGCAGUUCCUGUGAAAAGACCCCGUGUCACAGUCCCUUUGGUCCGUCGUGUCAAAACUACCAUACCUGUCAAGCUUUUUGCCCGCUCCACAGGCGUGACUACUGGCUCAGCCAAGAUCAAGUUAAAGAGCAGUGAGCUGCAGACCAUCAAGACAGAACUGACACAGAUCAAGUCCAACAUUGAUGCUCUGUUGGGCCGCUUGGAUCAGAUCGCUGAGGAGCAGAAGGCCAAUCCAGAUGGCAAGAAGAAAGGUGACAACAGCAGUGGCGGUGGUGCUGGCAGUGGCAGUGGCAGUGGCAGUGGUGGCAGCGGCAGUGGCGGCGGCGGCAGUGGCGGUGCCAGUGGCAGUGGCGGUGGCGGUAGCAGUGGCAGUGGUGGUGCUGGCACUGGCGGUGGCGGCAGCAGCAGCAGCAGUAGCAGCAGGCCACCACCACCCCCAGAGGACACACCUUCUGAGGCAGGCACACUCCAGGAAGAAACUCAGACUCAGACUCGAGAUGAUGGUGAUGAGGAGGGGCUGCUGACGCAUAGCGAGGAAGAGCUGGAGCACAGCCAGGACACAGAUGCGGAGGAUGGGGCCUUACAGUAAGCAGCCUGACAGCAGCACUGGCCACCAGCAGGAGAAGGGCAUCACUGUCCAAGGCCUCACACCAGGCACUCAGCCCCUGGAUGCCAACUUGUGGCGGGUACCAGAGGAAAGCUGGCAGCAGGCACUCCUGCUCCCCAUGCAUCCCAGGCCAGUGCCACAUCUUCUGCAGGUGGAGUUAUCAGCUACCCUUUCCCCAUUCACCCUCCCUGUCUGCACUGUCCAAGCCAGAGGGCAGAGCACAGGGGUUUCCCAACACUUGGCCUCCCCUCCCCAGGACAUUCCUAUGCUUGGGGGUUUUCUAUAGGUUUGGAGCGGGGUGGUAUAGGAUGGGGACCUUGACAAUAAAGAAAUUGGAUCCA